CAAGAGCAUCCCAUCCCUCGCAUCUGCUGGACGAGUCCUUGUCCUAUUCGACUUCCACCAUGUCCAAGCCUCCUACUCUCCGUCCGCAAUCCCUACAAGCCAGACUAACGGAUCUCCUUAGCCGCUGGCCCUCUGAUCCCGUUCGUCCUGCAUCAGUCUCUGUCCGAUACUUCCUCGAAUCCCGUAUUUCAGAGAUCUCAAAGGCCCAGCAACCACAACAACAGCCCAACAAACCGCAAGCUGCUGCUCCUAUAUCCGAAUCAUCCGUCAACGCAUUAUCCUCGUUACUGGACGACCGCUACGCAAAACGAUAUCCCUUGUCGCCGAAGUUGCGAUUCCCCGCCAGUGAUCCCAAUUAUUACGAUAAUCUUGUUCGGGAAUUCGAGGAGGCGCCGGGACGGAAUUGGUUAGGGAGAGCCAAGAAGAGGUUGUCGGGGUUGUUUCGGUUCGAAUAGAUCUUGUUUUGGCUGGGGGGUUUUCUUUGCUGAUAUGGUUGAAUGGGGGUAAAAAUGACUCGGAGUUUCUUGCAGUUAUAUAGGGAAAAG